CCAGGCCCGCGGCCGCCCGGGUGUCCUCGCGCCGCCUGUCCGCGCGCAGCCUGGCAGUUUGCCUCUUCCUCGCCCUCCAGCCUGCGUCCAUGGCCACCGCCGCGACCGAGGAGCCCUUCCCCUUCCACGGCCUCCUCCCAAAAAAAGAGACCGGGGCCGCUUCCUUCCUCUGCCGCUACCCGGAGUAUGACGGGCGGGGGGUGCUCAUCGCCGUCCUGGACACCGGGGUCGACCCCGGGGCUCCGGGCAUGCAGGUUACAACGGAUGGAAAACCGAAAAUCAUUGACAUCAUUGACACGACGGGAAGUGGUGACGUGAACACGGCCACAGUGGCAGAGCCCAAGGACGGUGAACUCAUUGGCCUUUCGGGAAGAGUGCUUAAGAUUCCUGCAAGCUGGACAAAUCCCUCAGGCAGAUACCACAUUGGCAUAAAAAAUGGCUAUGAUUUCUACCCAAAGGCUCUCAAGGAAAGGAUACAGAAAGAACGGAAGGAAAAAAUUUGGGACCCUGUUCACCGAGUGGCCCUUGCAGAAGCCUGUCGAAAACAGGAAGAGUUCGAUGUUGCCAACAGUUGCCCUUCUCAAGUUGGUGCCAGUUGCUUUGAUGCAAACAAACUAAUCAAGGAGGAGCUUCAGAGUCAAGUGGAGCUGCUCAACUCUUUUGAGAAAAAGUAUAGUGAUCCUGGCCCUGUGUACGACUGCUUGGUGUGGCAUGAUGGGGAGACCUGGAGAGCCUGCAUUGAUUCGAAUGAAGAUGGGGAUUUGAGUAAAUCGACUGUUUUGAGAAACUACAAAGAGGCCCAGGAAUAUGGUUCUUUUGGCACAGCGGAGAUGUUGAAUUACUCCGUGAACAUUUACGAUGAGGGAAACCUGCUCUCCAUUGUGACCAGUGGAGGAGCUCAUGGAACCCACGUAGCUAGUAUCGCUGCCGGGCAUUUUCCCGAAGAACCGGAGCGGAAUGGCGUAGCACCUGGUGCUCAGAUUCUUUCCAUCAAGAUUGGUGAUACCAGACUAAGCACAAUGGAAACAGGCACAGGCCUCAUCAGAGCUAUGAUAGAAGUUAUAAAUCAUAAGUGUGAUCUUGUCAACUACAGCUAUGGAGAAGCAACUCACUGGCCAAAUUCUGGGAGAAUUUGUGAAGUAAUUAGUGAAGCAGUGUGGAAGCAUAAUAUAAUUUAUGUUUCGAGUGCUGGAAAUAACGGUCCCUGCCUUUCUACGGUCGGGUGUCCAGGUGGAACCACAUCAAGUGUGAUAGGGGUUGGUGCCUACGUUUCUCCUGACAUGAUGGUUGCCGAGUACUCGCUGCGAGAGAAGUUACCUGCAAACCAGUACACGUGGUCUUCCAGAGGCCCCAGUGCCGACGGGGCCCUGGGCGUGAGCAUCAGUGCCCCGGGGGGAGCCAUCGCCUCUGUCCCCAACUGGACCUUGAGGGGAACUCAGCUCAUGAACGGGACGUCCAUGUCUUCUCCCAACGCCUGCGGGGGCAUCGCACUGAUUCUCUCAGGUCUGAAAGCUAACAAUGCUGAUUACACGGUUCAUUCCGUCAGAAGAGCUCUAGAAAACACGGCAGUGAAGGCCGACAAUAUAGAAGUGUUUGCCCAAGGACACGGUAUUAUCCAGGUUGAUAAAGCCUAUGACUACCUCGUUCAGAACACAUCAUUUGCUAAUAAGUUAGGUUUCACUGUUACUGUUGGAAAUAACCGUGGCAUCUACCUCCGAGAUCCUAUUCAGGUGGCUGCACCUUCAGAUCAUGGCGUUGGCAUUGAGCCUGUGUUUCCCGAAAAUACUGAAAACUCUGAAAAAAUAUCCCUUCAGCUUCAUUUAGCUUUAACUUCGAAUUCCUCUUGGGUUCAGUGUCCCAGCCACUUGGAGCUCAUGAAUCAAUGUAGACACAUAAACAUACGUGUGGAUCCCAGGGGCUUGAGAGAAGGAUUGCAUUACACGGAGGUCUGUGGCUAUGACACAGCGUCUCCGAACGCAGGCCCUCUGUUCCGAGUCCCCAUCACCGCAGUGAUAGCAGCAAAAGUAAAUGAAUCAUCCCAUUAUGACCUAGCCUUUACCGACGUACACUUUAAACCUGGGCAGAUUCGAAGGCAUUUUAUUGAGGUUCCUGAGGGUGCGACGUGGGCUGAAGUCACGGUGUGUUCCUGUUCUUCUGAGGUGUCCGCCAAGUUUGUCCUUCACGCAGUGCAGCUUGUGAAGCAGAGAGCGUACCGAAGUCACGAGUUCUACAAGUUUUGUUCCCUUCCAGAGAAAGGAACCCUGACGGAAGCUUUUCCUGUCUUAGGUGGGAAAGCAAUUGAGUUUUGCAUUGCUCGUUGGUGGGCAAGUCUUAGUGACGUCAAUAUUGAUUAUACCAUUUCCUUCCACGGGAUAGUAUGUACUGCUCCUCAGUUAAACAUCCAUGCAUCAGAGGGAAUCAACCGUUUUGAUGUUCAGUCCUCCCUGAAAUACGAAGAUCUGGCUCCCUGCAUAACUUUGAAGAGCUGGGUCCAAACGCUACGUCCACUGAGUGCAAAAACAAAGCCUUUAGGAUCAAGAGAUGUUUUGCCAAAUAAUCGUCAGCUCUAUGAGAUGAUCCUGACAUAUAACUUUCAUCAACCCAAGAGUGGGGAGGUAACUCCAAGCUGCCCCCUGCUUUGUGAAUUAUUAUACGAGUCAGAGUUUGACAGCCAGCUGUGGAUUAUAUUUGACCAGAACAAAAGACAGAUGGGUUCCGGCGAUGCCUAUCCUCAUCAGUAUUCUUUGAAACUGGAGAAAGGAGAUUAUACAAUUCGACUACAGAUUCGUCAUGAGCAAAUCAGUGACUUGGAACGUCUUAAAGAUCUUCCGUUUAUUGUUUCUCAUAGGUUGUCUAAUACCUUGAGCUUAGAUAUUCAUGAAAAUCAUAGCCUUGCACUUCUAGGGAAGAAGAAAUCAAGUAACUUGACAUUGCCACCCAAAUAUAACCAGCCGUUCUUUGUUACUUCCUUACCUGAUGACAAGAUACCUAAAGGGGCAGGACCGGGUUGCUACCUUUCAGGAUCCUUAACGUUGUCAAAGACCGAACUUGGAAAGAAAGCCGGGCAGUCUGCAGCAAAACGACAAGGAAAAUUUAAAAAGGAUGUAAUCCCUGUUCACUACUACCUAAUAUCUCCACCAACAAAGACCAAGAAUGGCAGCAAGGACAAAGACAAAGAUUCCGAAAAAGAGAAGGAUUUAAAAGAAGAGUUUACUGAAGCGCUACGAGAUCUUAAAAUUCAGUGGAUGACGAAGCUGGAUUCUAGUGACAUUUACAAUGAAUUGAAAGAAACGUAUCCGAAUUAUCUUCCUCUCUAUGUUGCACGACUUCAUCAGUUGGAUGCUGAAAAGGAACGAAUGAAAAGACUUAAUGAAAUCGUUGAAGCUGCAAAUGCUGUUAUUUCUCACAUAGAUCAAACGGCCCUAGCAGUUUAUAUUGCGAUGAAGACUGACCCCAGGCCCGAUGCAGCUAUUAUAAAAAAUGACAUGGACAAGCAGAAGUCGACGCUCGUGGACGCCCUCUGUCGGAAAGGCUGCGCCCUGGCCGACCACCUCCUCCAGGCCCAGGAGCAGGAGGGGGCUGUGUCGAGCGAUGCGGAAGGAAGAGAGGAGGAGGGCGAGGGCACCCUGGACUCCCUGACGGAAACCUUCUGGGAGACCACCAAGUGGACCGACCUUUUUGACAGCAAGGUUUUGACAUUUGCAUACAAGCAUGCAUUGGUAAAUAAAAUGUAUGGGAGAGGCCUUAAAUUUGCAACUAAACUUGUGGAAGAAAAACCAACAAAAGAAAACUGGAAAAAUUGUAUUCAACUGAUGAAGCUACUUGGAUGGACCCAUUGUGCGUCUUUUACUGAAAACUGGCUCCCCAUCAUGUAUCCUCCUGAUUAUUGUGUAUUCUAAAAUAGGAAACAAGACUUUAAAUUUUAAAAAAGAAAGUUUUAUAGUGAAUGGACAUAAAAAGAAAUUUGUGGCAUUUUUAGUCUAAUGCAUGUUUUCAUCCGCUAUCAAAUACUGAUUAUUAAAAUGAUGCGUAUUUAUCAGAGAA